CGUCAACCUCUGAGCCUGUCUUUUACUAGCAUCAUCACCGUCCGAUUGCAAAGAUGCAGACUACAACGGCAGAUAUGAAGGUCGAUGACGAGGGUAAGAUUGACGAAGGUCUCUACUCCCGUCAACUGUACGUCCUCGGGCACGAUGCCAUGAAGAGAAUGGCGACCAGUAACAUUCUCAUCGCUGGCAUGAAGGGACUAGGUGUCGAAAUUGCCAAGAACAUCUGUCUCGCAGGUGUCAAGUCGGUCAACAUUUGGGACCCGGCACCGAUCCAGAUCAGCGACUUGGGAACUCAAUUCUUCCUUCGCCCAGAAGACCUCAAGGCUGGCCCAGGAGGAGCGCCCCUCUCUCGCGCCCAGGCGACUGCCCCACGCCUCGCAGAGCUCAACAGCUACGUGCCCGUACGAGCAGUCGAUGAGCCUCAGCUCACUCGGGAGGUCUUGUCACGAUACCAGGUCGUCGUAUUGACCGAUGCGACCCUCAAGCAGCAGCUCGAGAUCAAUUCCCUGACCCGGGCUUCGGGCUCGACGCACUUCAUUGCGGCGGAUGUGCGAGGGCUCUUUGGCUCGGUCUUCAAUGACUUUGGAGAGAAGUUCGUCUGCACAGACCCGACCGGCGAGCAGCCUCUGAGCGGCAUGAUCGUGUCCGUUGCAUCGGACAGUGAAGGAUUGGUGACGACGCUGGAUGAGACGAGGCAUGGGCUCGAGGACGGAGACUACGUCACCUUCUCCGAGGUCGAGGGAAUGCAGGGUCUCAAUGGCUGCGAGCCUCGCAAGGUCACAGUCAAGGGACCGUACACGUUCACGAUCGGAGACACGUCCAGCCUUGGGACGUACAAGAAGGGCGGCAUCUUCACUCAAGUCAAGAUGCCCAAGAUCAUCAACUUCAAGCCCCUUGCAGACAGCAUCAAACAGCCAGAGCAUCUCAUCUCGGACUUUGCCAAGUUCGAUCGUCCUGCCUCGUUGCACGCAGGCUGGCAGGCGCUCAGCGCUUUCAUAGACAAGAAUGGGCGACUGCCCCGCGCUCGCAAUGCGCAGGACGCAGCAGAGGUCAUCGCAUCGGCGCAGCAGAUCUUUAAGACGGCAGGAGAGGAGGGCGAGCUUGCGGAGAAGGUUGUUCAGGAGUUGGCAUUCCAGGCCACGGGUGAUCUGUCGCCCAUGGUCGCCUUCAUUGGUGGCUUUGUAGCGCAGGAAGCCCUCAAGGCUUGCAGUGGGAAGUUCCACCCGCUCGUCCAGCACCUUUACGUCGACUCGCUCGAGUCGCUGCCGGACUCAGUACCCAAGCUUCCUGAGAACGAGUUUGCACCAACGGGCUCACGCUACGACGGCCAGGUUGCCGUCUUUGGCAAAGCUUUCCACGAGAAGCUCACCAACGUACGUCAAUUCCUAGUCGGAUCGGGGGCCAUCGGAUGCGAGAUGCUCAAGAACUGGAGCAUGAUGGGCAUCGCGAGCGGGCCUCAGGGCGCCAUCGACGUCACCGACAUGGACCAGAUCGAGAAGAGCAACCUCAACAGGCAAUUCCUGUUCCGCUCGAAGGACAUCGGUGCCUUCAAGGCGGACACAGCUGCGGCUGCGGUGGCGGAAAUGAAUCCAGACCUCAAGGGCAAGAUCAUCAGCCAUCAGGACCGCGUUGGCCCAGAGACGGAAGACGUCUACGGCGACGACUUCUUCGAGAAGCUCACCGGCGUGACGAACGCGCUCGACAAUGUGCAAGCGCGUCAGUACAUGGACCGUCGCUGCGUCUACUAUCAGAAGCCGCUCCUUGAGUCUGGUACGCUGGGCACCAAGGCCAACACUCAAGUCGUCGUGCCCCACCUCACCGAGUCAUACUCGUCAUCGCAGGAUCCCCCUGAGAAGUCGAUUCCCGUCUGCACGCUCAAGAACUUCCCCAACCAGAUCGAGCACACCAUCCAGUGGGGCCGUGAGCAGUUCGACGACUAUUUCGUCAAGCCUGCGGAGAACGUGAAUCAGUACCUCACUCAGCCCGACUACUUGCAGACGGUGAUGGCAAGCGGCAGCAACCAGCGCGAGCAGCUUGAGCAGAUCAAGGAGUUCCUCGUCGACUCCCGUCCGCUCACAUUCGACGCCUGCAUUGUCUGGGCGCGCCUGAAAUUCGAGGAAAACUACAACAAUUCGAUCCGCCAACUCCUCUUCUCCCUGCCAGAGGACGCGACCACGUCGACUGGCCAGCCCUUCUGGUCAGGCCCGAAGCGUGCGCCUAAGCCCAUCACAUUUGACGCUCAGGACCCGAUCCACAUGGAGUACAUCGUAGCUGCGGCCAACUUGCACGCCUUCAACUAUGGCCUGCGCGGUGAGACGGACCCGGCUGUCUUCCAGAAGGUCCUCUCCAACGUCAUCGUUCCCGAGUUUACGCCGCGCUCCAACGUCAAGAUUCAGAUCAACGAGAACGAGGCCCCCGCCACGAACCCGACCAACGAUCCCUCGUCCAACGUCGAUCUGACCGAGAUCGCCUCAAGCCUGCCCUCUGCCGGCUCUCUUGCGGGUCUGCGCUUGACCCCUGCUGACUUCGAGAAGGACGAUGACUCGAAUCAUCACAUCGACUACAUCACCGCCGCGUCCAACCUCCGUGCGAUCAACUAUAGCAUCGCUCCCGCUGAUCGCCACAAGACCAAGGGUAUCGCAGGCAAGAUCAUUCCUGCCAUCGCCACGACAACUAGCAUGGCUACUGGUCUUGUCUGCCUGGAGCUCUACAAGCUGGUAGACGAGAAGCGCGAUAUCGAGCAGUACAAGAACUCCUUCGUCAACAUCGCCCUGCCAUUCAUGGCCUUCUCUGAGCCCAUUGCUGCUCAAAAGCUCAAGUACAACAGUCCCAAGGGCGAGCAAACCUGGACUCUCUGGUCUCGCUUUGAUAUCCCCGGCAAUCCGACGCUGCAGGAAUUCAUCGACCACUUCAAGCGCGAAGAGGGACUGGAGGUCAGUAUGGUCUCCAGUGGGGUCUCUAUGCUGUACAACUCGUUCCUGAACCCGGCCAAGAUGAAGGAGCGCAAGGGGUUGAAGAUGAGCGAGCUUAUCGAGCAGGUCAGCAAGAAGCCGCUUCCUGCUCAUGCGCGCUAUGUCGUUAUGGAGGUGAUGUGCGAUGAUGAGGAGGGGGAGGAUGUGGAGGUGCCGUAUGUACGAGUCGAGGUCAGGAGCUCCUAAAUGCGGACACGCGGGACAUGGAUAUGCGAUUGCCACUCUGCGCAGAGGAGAAUAGGAUUUAGAGCAGA